AAAUAUCAAACAUUCCCAAGUCAACCCCUAGAUGACGUCAUUCAUCCAGCUUUUCCACGCACGCUCUUCUCUUUAAGUAAACUGCUCCAUGUGCCCAUUCCAUUUCAUCCCAAAUACUCCCUUCCCCCACUCACUCUCCCUCUCUAAAGUCUAAACCCAAAAAAUAAAAAAAAUAAAAAAAAAAAUGUAUGGACAAAACAACAACAAUGAGAGCUUGUUCCCCUACAACUACUCCCCCGAAUUAAUCCAAGCCCAAUUCCCGCUUAUCCUUCCUCCACUGGCAAUCCCGGACUCGUUAUACACGAGCUCCGGCUGCAGCAGCUAUGGCGGGUCCCCCACCUCGAGGGCCAGCUGUUACAGCCCCACCAUCAUCCCCCAUACCAUCGAUGAGUCCACCUCUUUCAGUAAACCCGGAGAUAUAUUUCAGUAUGAGUGCCGAAAGACUCUGGCAGACAGCCGGCCGAGAAUCAGAGGAAGGUUUGCAAGGAACGAUGAGACAGAGAAAACGGGGCAGAGUCAGUGGGAGCAAAGUGGGGUUGAUGAAGAUGACGAGGACGAGGCGAACUGGAUCAAUCUUCUCGAUGCAUUCUCAGCGAACAUGAUUCCUUGAAUAAUGAAUUAAGAUUAGUUAACUAAUUUUCUUAUUUGGGUCCUAAAAAGGGGCUUCCCCCACAAGUUUUUACACGUUAAGGAGCUCCAUGUUUGUGUGGUUUAUUUUGGAUUAGACAAUAUGAUCAAGUAUUUUUCACAAAUUGUUGUCGUCGAAGAGAAAUGCAAUUCCAUCUACAUCCCAUUUUUCCGAACCGUACAUAAGUGUGUGCUGGUACAUGAAAAUGUCAGUUG